AUGCCUUCAGCCUGGUUGUGCUCGGACCCUCCCCAUGUCAAAUCCAAGGAUCGGGAUGUCUGUGAUCAGGAGCAGUUGGAGCUGUUGAGGCAGGUUGCUGGUCGCUCCGAUUGCUACCGCGGUGGCGACGCAAAGUGGUUUUACGGUUUAAGGGGUGGAUUAGUUUUAAAUUUAGACCUGGAUCUAAAUCUCCCUACGAUUACCUACGACUACGAGGAAGACCCUGAAGACCUUGAAGACCUUGAGCACGUGGAGAUCUUGGCGAUCUUGAAUGGGUAG